AAAGUGAUGAUUCGGCCAAAAAAGUUUAGACCAUACGAGUUAUGCGAAACGAGUUUUUGUGCAAUAAAGAUUAGGCGAGAUGAGGGGAACCCGUAUAAUUUAGUACAAGUACAGGUCAGUUCAGUAGGUACUUCACUGUACCUUGUAUUAUAUUUACGUUGAACCUAAACAGGAAGUUUCACAACCAGCUGACCUGACCCAAAGCCAUUGUCGCUAAAACAAUCAUGUAAACCUCGAUUAAGGUAAAAUAAUAAACAAGACAAAUUUGGGUGUCUAUAAAGUUCCCAUUAACGAAACAAUACCAGCAGUUUGACUUUGAAACAAUCGACAAACGGUCGCCAUGCAUUUCGGUCCCGAAACUUAAACCGUAUUUUAAUACUAAACAACAUAGCGAUUUAAUUAUGUUCUCAACAACACUAGUAGUGCUACUCGCAUCACAUGUGGCAUCAGAAACUCAGAAGAUGUCUUCAGAAAUGUACAUCAGUAGUCGACAGGCGAUAAAUUCGAUGCCGUAUAAAAAUGGAUACGUUUAUACCCAAGUGAACAACCAACCAGGAUAUCUCGCCACAUUUAACUCUGGAAGAAAACGAAGAUACGACUCCCAACUGUUGACGACAUCGGGAUUGAGCCAGCCGGGAGGGAAAUACUGGGAUGAGCUCGCGUACGAAGAUCUUAAAAGACCAUUAAAAAUGAAGAGAGACGCAGAAUAUGAACGGUUGAAAUCCCUGAUGUACUACAACGAACCAGAAGAAAACUUAGCGUCAUACAGCGUGAAUAACAUACAGAGUGACAGUCAAGAUGUUAGAACGACACCAGGGAGCUCCUAUGAAAUGUGGCCGUAUUUAUUGGCUAAUUAUGGCAACAUGUACUAUUACAGCGAUUUAGAUGGCGAUCACGACACAGAAGUCGAUAAUGCAAAAAUAAAACGAUACGCUAUGCACGAGAUCCCAGUAUAUGAACAUAUAGAUGACGAUGCGCCAACUGAUAUUGUUAUUAAAGGAGAGUUGCCAGAUUUUCCAUCGCCACACAACCAUAAAUAUGAUCCGCCGCAUAUUCACAAUCACAACUAUGACCACGAUGAAGAUUCCUUCAAUUUCAACAUUGAUGCAUAUGGGUUUGAUGAGGGUAAAGAUAAAUAUGAUUCUGAUAGUCAUAUAUUUGAUAAUCAUGGUCCAUAUAGUAAUGGGGAUCGUACAAAAGACACAGGUUUCGAUAAAAGACUUCUGUUCGAUAACAGUGAGAUUGGAAAUAAAGGAAAUAAUCACAAUAAAAUCGAUUAUGAGCAAGCUGAUAAAGAUUACAGUGGACGCAAGCACUAUGUUGAUAGAUUUGCUAAUAAGUUUGGUGGUGAAAAACAUAGCAAAGACGCGAACUAUCGUUUGAAAAGAUUACAAGACAAGAAUGAAAAGAAGAAAGGUUUCCAUAGAGUGUACCACAAGGACGAAUACAAAAUGGACAAGGAAUUCUAUGACAACAAUGCACAUUUGCUGGAAGAAGAUGUGAAGGGUAAUUCAGCUCUACACAACGGAGGUUCUAUAGCUGCCUUGGAAUCUCUCGCUGCUGCAGACGUUAAGGAAAGGAAGAAAGCUUAUGACAGGGCACAUUCUGCAGAAAAUGAUGCUUUCAACAAUAACCAUAAGGGUCAUAAAUUGUCUAGUGGUGUAAACAAAAAGUAUGAUCAUUAUAGUGAUCAUUGGCCUCACGAUAAAAAGCAUAGAAAAUAGGGAAGUCUUUGUUCACUUGAAGAUUUAUAAAACACUUCUAUAAGUAAAUGUGCAGUGUAGUGAACUCAUCUCAAUCCCAUCUUUUCAGUUAAGUAUAUU